UUGGGACAAUUAUGACCUGGAUGGCUGAGAAUUUCCACAGUCCUUUUAUUGAAACUCCUACCUUUCAAACACUAGUUCUGUUCAGAAGAUCUAAAUUUGAUUUUUCAAGCAAUAUGAACAGCAACACCUUAAGUAGUCAUUAUACAUUUACAGCCUAGCAAUUUUAAUGAUUUCCCUUAUCCCCAUAUUUUGUCCCGUCGUAACAACCUGUAUAUAUAUAAAAAAGGAGGGCUACAAGACGCCUUUGGAGAAGACAUGACAGCCUCUCACGGAAAACGCAGCCUUUCUCCUCUCUUUACCUUGAGCACCUGCGUUGCACAAGGCAACCACCAGGGGGCCCCCUAUGCCAAGCGACGGGAACACAGGGCGCUUCACCAUAGGGUGGCAAGGAGGAGGAGAGAAGGGAAUGACAUCACAAAGAUUUGCCUCUCUAGGACUCUGCACUCUCUCUCCAUCACCCUCUGCGCUUUGCUGCAGGACAGAGAAAGAAUGGAGACCCAACCUUUAGCAAGUGAGGGAAUUGGAAAAGGACUUUCAACUGUUCAGCCUGGGCGCUGUGAGGAGACCUGGUUAAGAAGUGGGCAGAAGUUCUUGGAAGAAGACACCAUCAUCCCUUCAGAAGUUCAGUCCUGGAACUUCAGGAGCGUCCGAUAUCAGGCUUCUGAGGAUCCCCGAGGACUUUGCAGCCGACUCCAUGACUUUUGUAAUCGAUGGUUCAAAGCAGAAAAGCACACCAAAGCCCAGAUGCUGGACCUGGUGGUUCUGGAGCAGUUUCUGGCCCUUCUGCCCAUUAAGAUGGAGAGCUGGGUGCGAGAGUGUGGAGCAGAGACCAGCUCCCAGGCGGUGGCCCUGGUGGAAGGCCUUCUCCUGAGCCAAGCAAGGGAGCAGAAGGAGCAGUCCUUCACAAUGGACAUCAGAGAUUCUGAGGCAAGCAGGAAUCCAUUAAAUCCUCCUCAGGAGUUGUUUUUGAGGAGCGUUUCUCUGGAAUAUCCAAGUCUGGACACCUUGGGAGGUAAUCAAAGGUCCUCCAUUCUCCAGAAAGUGCCAAAUUCUCUCCUCUUCUGUAAAAUUCUCUUCCUAUAUUAUUAAUUAUGCUUUUUACAAUUCUGU